AUGCUCUGGACCUUUUGCGAGCCUCAUCUUCAUCACCCGCGCCGGUCUCGGAGGGCAAGGACACAGGACGGUUCUUUCGCAUUGCUUUCCCUAGACGCCACCAUAGCUUGCAGCAGCUUGACCAUCGCUUUGCCUGAUCCAGGGCAUCGAUGUUUUAUUCCAUCUGGUCACCAUGGUCACCCCUACCCCUGCAGCCGCUGCGACGAUAAUCUUCGACUUGGUCUGCAAGACGUUGCCCAUGUUGCUCAAGCAGGUGUCAUGCCGUUGGUCACAGCGCCGUGGCGUGCGGGCGGAGGGGAGACCCUCACGGGUCCUUUACAAGGUUUUCAGGCCCUGAGCACCGAUUUGCAGAUGGUUUCUGACAUGUUGAAGCGGGGGAGCGCAGCUGUGCAAGAAGCCGCGCUGGCUGUGCAGAAUGCACGUGUGGCUGCAAGGGUUAGGGAAGAGCGCAGGAGACAAGGCGUCGCAGAGGCUGUAAAGGUUGCCGCAAGAGAAGAAGCGAGGCAGAAAGCGCAAGAAGCUGCAGAGGCAGUAGCAAAAGAGGCACAAGCGCGGCAGGCGUGGGAAGCCAUACGGGCUGCAGUGAAAGAAGCAGAACACCGGAAUGUGCAAAAAGCCACAGAGGCCACGAGAGCAGCAGCACAGCAGCAAAUGCAGAGGGCCACAGAGGCCGCCGAGGCCGCGGCAAAAGAAACAGCACAACUGCGGAGAGCGCGGCAAGCCGAGGCCGCAAGGCUGGAAGCGACAGAGAAGCAGGUUCUCGCAGGUUCUUCAGAGACCACAGGCCAGCAAGAAAAGCAGCAAGCGCUGGCAGCCACAAACGCGGCAAGAGAAGUUGCGCUUCAGAAAUCCCAGGAAGUUGCGGAGGCCACAGGAGAAGAAAAUAUAGAAGAAAUGCGCAAAACGCGGGAAGCGGAUGAGGCCAGAGCAGGAGAGGCAACUUUUGAGAAACCGCAGGCGGAUGAAGGACUGGAAGCCAGACGACAAAAGGAAAAGCAGACUGCGCAGGCAGCCACGGAGGCCACGGCGAGAGAUGCUGCGCUGAAAGCACGUGAAGUUGUGGAGACCGCACGGCGCCAAGAGCAAGAGCAGGAAGCACUCGAAGCAGCAGAGGCCACGGCAAGACGAGCAGGUGAAGAGUCAGCGGAACCGAAAGCUUUGGAUACAAGCCAAGAAGAAGACCAGAAAGCGCAGGCAGAAGAGCCAAAGAUGCGAGAGGUCGCACGAGAAGCAACCAGUCCAAAAGUACAGGCACGGAAAUCUUCUCAGGUCACACGAAAAGAAGAGCAGAAAACGUGGGAAGCAACAGACGCCGCAAGACAAGCUGCUAUUCAGAAAGCCGAGGAAGUCGCGGAGCACACCGGACCACAAGAGGGGCGGAAAGCGUGGGAAGUGGGACAUGUCGGAAGUGGGACAUGUCGCAGAGAAGCAGGAGUUCAGAAGGCACCGGCACAGGCAGCUUCAGAGGCCACACGGAAGCAAGAAGGGUUAAAAAAAUGGAUCGCCGCAGGUUCAGCGAGCAGCGAGGAUGCGGUUCACAAAGCAAGGGAAGGUGCUGAGGCCACACAGCAAGAAAAAGAGUGGAAAACGCAGGAAGCAGCCUCAGAGGCCGCAGCAACAGAGGCAGCCUUUCAGAAAGCGCAGGCACAAACACCUUCGGAGUCCAGAAGAAAGGCAGAAGCAAAGCAGAAAGUGCGGGGAGCUGAAGCGGCCGCGGCAAGAGAUGUAGAAAAGUCGAAAGCCCAGGAAGCUGUGGAGAUGGCAGAGGUUGCUGCAAGGGCACAGAAGCGAAAGAAGCAUGAAGGUGCCAAGGCAACCCUCACGGCUUUUGCCGCGAGAGCUGAGGUGAGAGAAGAAACAGAGCAGAAAGCAUCGGAGGCAACACGGAAGAAGCGGGAAGCACGGCAAGAACGGGAAGCCACAAAGACUGGCGAGGCUCACAGCAUCUCGCUCUGCCGUGCUCCCUGGGAAUCGUCAGGAAGACAGCAGCCAGCGAGUAGGCCCAAGAUGCUGGCGCCUUUGCGCAAGUGA